UUCCCACCUUUGCAUCCAUUGUAAAUAUAGGGGAAGUCUGUUCUGGAUUUCUGUUGUUACCAGUUUCGAAGGGAAAUAUAUCUGAUUAUUAUUCCAUCCGUUUAACCUUUAAUUGUGCAGGAUGAGCGCACAGCAGAUUCUGAAAGUGUUCGUCACGAGACGCAUUCCCCAGGAGGGCAUGAAAAUACUCCAAAAAGCCGGCCUGUGUAAUUUGUCAGUGUGGGACUCAGAUGAGCCUGUGCCCCGGGCAGAACUUCUGAAGGGGGUGGCAGGUGCUCACGGGAUUCUCUGUUUACUCUCAGACAAAAUUGAUACUGAGGUCUUGGAUGCGGCUGGACCCAACUUGAAAGUGAUCAGCACACUCUCUGUUGGAUUUGACCACCUUGCUAUAGAUGAGAUAAAGAAACGAGGGAUAAGAGUAGGCUACACUCCUGAUGUUUUGACGGAUGCUACUGCUGAGCUAACAGUGGCUCUGCUCUUGGCCACUGCCCGACGUCUUCCUGAGGGUGUAGAAGAAGUGAAAAAUGGCGGCUGGAGUACAUGGAAGCCUCUGUGGCUGUGUGGUUAUGGUCUUUCGGGCAGUACUGUUGGGGUGAUUGGAUUGGGCCGCAUAGGUUUGGCCAUUGCAAGGCGACUGAAGCCGUUUGGUGUGAAGAGACUGCUGUACACCGGCAGACAGCCCAAACCUCAGGCCCAAGAGGUUGAUGGGGAAUAUGUGCCAUUAGACAAUCUGGUGAGUGAGAGUGAUUUUGUGGUGGUGUCCUGUUCUUUGACUCCUGACACUCAGGGCCUUUGUGACAAAACAUUCUUCAGCAAGAUGAAGAAAACAUCAAUCUUUAUCAAUACCAGCAGAGGGGCAGUUGUGAAUCAAGAGGACUUGUUUGAAGCCCUCAGCAGUGGUCGGAUUGCAGCAGCGGGGCUUGACGUCACAACCCCUGAACCUCUGCCCACUGCCCACCCACUUCUGACUCUUAAAAACUGUGUGGUCCUCCCUCAUAUCGGAAGCGCUACCUACUCCACACGUGGUGUCAUGAGUGAACUCACUGCAAACAACUUGCUGGCAGGCUUGACAGGCUCUGAAAUGCCCAGUGAGCUGAAAAUGUAGUGCUCUUGCUUGUGCCUUAUACUAACAGAAAAAAGUCAGUACUGUGACAUCUAACCAUUAAAUGCACUACAUGAACUUUAUGAGAUUAAAGUGGAUAAAACACAUUAGAAUUAUUUCACCUGGAUAAUCUCUAUUAUAACUGGAAUAACAUGCUUUGAUGCGUUUAUCUUGCUCAUUUUUUCUGCUGUGAUAUUUCACAUUUGAAGUCAUUCAACACUCAAUUCAAAUGGCAUUAAUACCCUCCAAAUUGUUGAUUAAAAACAUUGAAUGAA